AUGGCAGACGACGAGAUUCCAUCGGACAGCAGUACAUUAGUAAUAAUAGUGGACACAAACCCCAAUCAAAGGUACAUAACAGAAGACCCUAAGAUAUUAACGGGCUGUUUAGAUGCGGUAAUUGCUUUUGCAAAUUCACAUCUUAUGCAGAAGUCGCGGAACGAACUGGCUGUUAUAGGAUGUCAUUUUCAUAAGAGUGAAUACUUAUACCCUUCACCAGGAAAGCCGCUUGAUGUAAGACAAAUUGACGGACAAUAUGAAUUAUUUACACUUGUUGAAAAAACUGUUAAGAUGAGACUAGUUAAUUUAAUAAAAAGUCAACCACAAGAAGAAAAACCUGGAGAAUCUCUCCUAGCAGGAGCAUUAGCUAUGGGGCUCUGUUUUAUUUCUAAAGUACGUCGGGAAGCAUCUCCAGCUUUAAAGAUAAGCAGUAGGAUACUGAUAGUUACAGGAAGUUCGGACACUGCUGCACAAUAUAUUAAUUAUAUGAAUGUAUUUUUCACAGCACAGAAACAGCAAGUUUUGAUAGAUGUUUGUUCUCUUGACAAACAUCUGAGCUUAUUGCAACAGGGUUGUGAUAUAACUGGGGGACUUUAUCUCAAGGUGCCCACACUGGAAGGGCUUUUGCAAUAUUUACUGUGGGUGUUCCUACCGGAGGGUUCAGAACGCAAGCAGCUGGUGUUGCCAGGUCGCGGGCGCGUCGACUACCGAGCGGCUUGCUUCUGUCAUCGCGAAUUGCUUACUAUAGGAUAUGUUUGUUCUGUCUGUCUCAGUGUGUUCUGCAAAUUCAGCCCCAUAUGCACAACAUGCCACACGGUGUUCAAAAUCGGUGGACCUCUGCCCAUUAAACCGAAAAAGAAGAAGAUGAAAGUAUAA